CGUCACGCUCCAGUCGGAAGUUCCAGCGCAGCAGCAGUGAACGCUGAGUUUAACCAAGCAUUAGUGUAAACAGCUACAACAUGGACGACGACGUGUUAACGACUUUAAAGAUUUUAAUUAUCGGUGAGAGUGGUGUGGGUAAAUCAAGUUUGCUCCUGCGCUUCACAGAUGACACUUUUGACCCAGAAUUAGCUGCAACCAUUGGUGUCGACUUUAAAGUGAAAACUAUUGCAAUAGAUGGCAACAGAGCAAAGCUGGCCAUAUGGGACACGGCCGGUCAGGAGAGGUUCAGAACUCUAACGCCAAGCUACUACAGAGGAGCCCAGGGUGUCAUUUUGGUGUAUGAUGUUUCAAAGCGGGACACAUUCACAAAGCUUGAGAACUGGCUUAAUGAGCUGGAGACAUACUGUACACGCAACGACCUGGUUAAAAUGCUAGUGGGGAACAAAAUUGACAAGGACAACCGUGAAGUAGACCGGAAUGAAGGCUUGAAGUUUGCACGAAAACACAAUAUGCUUUUUAUUGGUAUGUUUCCUCUUUAUUAUCAUUAA